UCAUAUCAACCUUUACGAAUAAGGGGGUUUCAACCCAAAAUGUUAUGAAAGGCGGGGUUGUAUUUAUAUAUGUGUGAAACGUCUCGAAUUGUUUUCUUUCUUUCGAGUCGUGUAUCAUUGCUAAAGGAAUUCAUCGUUGUCGAAUGAGCUCCAGACAACUCCAUCACGAACUCAGCGAAACCCUAUCAUCCAUUCUUGAUUGUGAGCGAAACCCUAGUUAUUUGAUUUGUGAAUAUUUGAGGAUUUUUGGUGUGAAAGAAAGAAAUCCAUAAAAUUCAAACUUGAAUCUUCAACAACAUCAUCAUCAUCAUAAUGGUCACUUGUCUCUUUUCAAGUUCACGAAGGCGUAGUUGGAUAUCUGUGUUGAGGGACAAACGCAGCCUCGAGCUGCCGGAAAAAGCAACGAAGGCAGCAAAUUGGGAUCGGAAAAUCUCUCGGCAACUUCAACAGACGCCGGUGAGAGUGCUGGGAACAUGAAGGCACAUGUUUAAUCCUAGAAUCAGCUUCAUUUUCUUCCGAAUUAUGUUCGAUAUAAACUUUCUAGAGGGAGAAAAUAAGCAUUCAAAUCUUCGAUUGCUCUGAAUCCAACACAAGAUACGAAUUCCAAACGCUCGUUUUUUGCUCUCUCUAGCUCUGCACCCAACGAUCCGUUUGGCAAUCAAAGAUAUCCGAACCAAGGUGUGUGCUUGUGAACAAUAUUUGUGGAUUUUUGGUGUGAAAGAAAGAAAUCCAUAGAGUUCAAUCUUGAAUCUUCAACAACAUCAUCAUCAUCAGAAUGGUCACUUGUCUCUUUUCAAGUUCACAAUUUUUUUCGAUGCAGAGGCAUAUUGGGAUAAGCUCCUGCUAUGUUAAAGAGGCCAUUCCAAUUUUGCUAUAUACUGUGCUGAUCUUUUUCUGUAUUCUUUCUUAUAGCUGUUUAUAUAAUUAGGACAGAUUGGUUCUCUUAUUAAUCCAUCAGAAUUAUAAUAUAAUAACAGUGAUGGCCCUAAUACUAGUGUAACUUAGGUGGGUUAAUUACCUAGUUAUAUAUCAUAAUCAUUUUUGUCAUCGCGGUACUAAGUGGUUUACCUUGGUCUCAGUGGUUUUUCUACAUCCUAAAAAGUAAUCCCUCAUUCAUCCUCAUUUAUUUGGAACUUUCAUUUAAAUUUAAUUUUUUUUAUUAAAUUUUUUUUCGAACAGGGAUUUAUUGACAAGUUUAGUUUGUUGAUAUUUUUGAUGUUCUAACAAAGUAUUGCCGGAGAUUUGUGUCUUUAUCUACUUCAGUGCAGUUCAAGGUAAUGGACUUAGGGUUGCGUCUUGAAUAAGCUUGUGAGUCAAUUGGAAAGAUAGCUUUUAUGUGUAUGAUAUAAAAAUGAAGUUUCUUUGUUAUAAUUUUAGUGGUAUAUUUUUUAAUUAUUGUCUUGCAACUAUUUGAAGCCAAUGUUAAUGUGGUAGACAAAAAUUUGAAGCUAAUGUUAAUGAUAAUAAAGAUUCAAAUAGCAUUGACAAAAGUGGAAAUAAACAAAAAAAGGACACUGUAUUCACAACGCAGAAAAAUUUAGUCACAUACAUGAAGCAUGCUGCCUGAUGCAUUUACUAGCUUAAUUUAUUACUUUUGAUAACUUAUCAAAAAAAAAAAUUAAUUUAUUACUUUUGAUAAAGAUCUCAAAUUCUUUGCUUGCUUCAUCUAACAGAAUAAUGCUUACACUAGCUUUUAUUAAUUUAUUACAUUUGAUAAAGCUCUCAAAUACUUUGCUUGCUUCAUGUAAGUGAAUAAUGCUUACACUCCAUCUCUAUAUAGCAGUUUAGAGAGGGAGAGACUCUACAUUCCAGCUCUAGUACUAUCUGAUAUUGGGAUUGAUUGACUAGAGCUAAACACAUCUACUCCACCGUGUUAGAGAUUCUCUAAAACUUUCACACCCCUAAUCUCCCCUUGUCCUUCCAUUAAUAUUAUUAAUGGCUUCCUCAAAGUCUGCGUCAUUUGUAAAGUACCCAUAUCCGGAAGAGGUUAAUGUGAGGGACUUUGUUCCUGUCAUCCUCUCUAAACAAAACUAUUUUGUGUGGAAAAAGCUGAUGCUUCGUCUUUUUGAGAGUCAAGGCUUGGUUGGUUUCUUCAAUGGCAAAGUUCCGGCACCACUUGAAAGGAUCACAGUACCAAAUAGUGAUAUUAUCUCGAAGGAGAUGGAGAACAAGGAUUACCAGGAUUGGAAAAGAUCAGACGCGCUGUUACAAAGAUGGGUUUUAGCGACGAUCAGUGAAGAUGUUCUUCCAAAUAUGGUUUGCUUGAAAACUGCUAAAGAUAUUUGGUCAAAGUUAAUUUCCCUGCAUGAAAGAAAAAUAGAGUACCCAUUCCCAGCAGAGAUCAAUGUGAGGGACUUUGUUCCCAUCAAGCUCUCUGUAGAUAACUCUUCUACGUGGCAAAAGUUGAUGCUUCGUCUUAUUGAGAGUCAAGGCUUGGUCGGUUUCAUCAACGGGCAGGUUUCACAACCAGUUAAAAGGAUCAUGGUACCAGAUGAUGGUGGUAAUUGCUCUACCAACGUGACAACGGAGAUAGAGAAUGAGGAUUACAAGGCCUGGAAAAAAACUGAUGCCCUGCUGCAGAGCUGGAUUUUAGGGACGAUCCUUGAAGAUGAUAUUGAGCUUGUGUUAGAUUACGAAACCACAAAAGAAAUAUGGGAAAUGAUCAACUGGAACUUCAAUCCUGACUCCUCUGGUGAAAGUAACACUGAAACAGAAGAAGAUCCAACUAGUCAAUACUUGCCGCUGCACAAAGCUGCAUUGACAGGUGACUGGGAGGCUGCCAAAGAAUCUAUUUAAAAAAAUCCAGGUGCUGAGAGAGCCUUCAUCACGAGAACCAAAGAAACAGCACUCAUGAUAGCAAUUAGAUCUGCGCGGGGAAACCAUUUUGUGAAGAAACUCUUGGAGUUCCUGGCACCAGAGGAUUUGGGUCUACGUGAUAAUGGUGGCAUGACAGCUCUACAUCAUGCUGCAAUAGCCGGCAACACUGAGGCAGCCAAGUUCUUAGUGGACAAGAACCCAGACCUGCCCAAUUAUUGUAGCAAUAAUGAUGUGUCACCUCUCCUCCAAGCUGCUACAUUCUGCCGAAGAAAGAUGGUUGUUUACUUGUUGGACGUUACUAAGACAGAUAUUACACCCAAACUAUUUGAGGGUAUAAAUGGUGCUAAACUUGUCAAAGAUCUGAUACUUAGUGGUCUUUAUGACAUUGCUCUACUAUUAAUUCGGUGCUACCCCGAACUGGCAUGGGUGCGACCUUAUUCGGCCCUGACAAUAAUUGCUUCCAAAAGUUCUUCUGCGUUUAAAAGUGGAGCACACUUAAACUGGUGGCAAAACUUACUAUACUCUUGAAGUAGAAAAACAUUCAAUUACCAAGGAAAGGACUAUAUCCGGAACAGUAUAUACUGAGACACAUGAGGAGUUGGUCAAAGAAGGAGAGAAAUGGAUGAAAGACACAGCUACCUCAUGCACAAUUAUAGCAGCUCUUGUUGCUACUGUAGUGUUUGCAGCUGCCAUUACAGUACCAGGUGGAGAUGAUGACAAAAGUGGCAUUCCAAUUCUCUUCCAAGAUAAAUCCUUCAUACUCUUUGUCGUAUCAGAUGCGCUUGCUCUUUUCUCAUCUGUUUCUUCUGUACUAAUGUUCUUAUCCAUCCUCACUUUGCGUUAUUCAAUAAUUGAUUUUCUCGACACCUUACCCAACAGGUUAAUUAUUGGUCUCCUAUCCCUAUUUAUCUCCAUAAUAUCCAUGAUGAUAGCCUUCGGCGCCACACUCUUCCUUAUUUUUGGACAUAAGAUAACAUGAAUUCUUUUUCCUAUUAUUGCAUUUUCCUGUAUACCUGUGACUUUGUUUGUGUACUCGCAAUUUCCUCUCCUGUUGGACAUGAUCAAAUCCACUUAUGGCUCCAACAUUUUUUGUAAGCAGAGUGAUCGUAUCCUUUUUUAGAUCUGUAAGUUGAGACGGUAAAAAAACAUGAACUUGUGUAUCAUUUGCAAUCUUUGAAUCCUUGAAUGAAUGAACUAAAUUUUCUUUUUUUUGAGCUUUCACAUAUAGUUUUGUUUUCUUCUUUUCUGUGUGUCGUUUCGUGAUUGGCCGGGACCAUUUAAUAUUUUUAUUCACAUUCACAACACGAGUGGUCAGGACCACGUAUGAGGUGGUGGUUCCGGACCACCUAAUAAUUCUCUCGACGAGGGAACUUUAUUAUCUCAAUAAAAGGUAUGUCACCCUAAGCAAACAGACAGCACUUAACCACUAAAAAAAGUAUGUAUUUUCUUUGCAUCAAUGCCCACUUAUAAUAUUCCACUGCCUUUCAACAAAUUGAUCAGAAGGAAUCACCAGUCACUAAAUAGUGGCCGGGAUCAGCAGAUUAUAGGGUUUUCUUGGUUCUAUAUUAAGGGACCCUGUGGUAGCCUCAGUAUGCACCAAAAAACCAAGACAAAGUUGCGCCUUUUGGUCAGGUUUUUUUAUACUUUAUUGUGUUGCUAUAUAGAAAUGGCUGCUGAUCAGACAGACCUUAAGAAGCUUGGGUUGCAAGAGUUUGCACUAGAGAGGAGGCCUCCUGCCGAUCCUAAGAGAUCGGAUCUGAGACCGACGUUUGCAAUACCGGCUGAUUUUCAUGCUCGAGAGGGGAGGCCUCCUGCUGAUCCUAAAAGAUCUGAGAUGAAGGAAUAUCGGUGUCUUAGCCAUGGUAUGGUGGUGACCAAAGAGGCUAUUAGGAAGUACGAGGCGCCAAAAUUGUAUGGCGGGGCUCUAAUUAAGGAAUAUCGCAAAAGAAAAAAUCCUCACUUGAAGUAGAGACUAGAGUUCACCUGUAUCUAUCUAUCUAUCUAUUAUGCUCCUCUUGCAUUAUGGAGUAGAGUUCACUUGUAGUAUAUAUUAUGCAUGCUUCCUUAUUAAUAAGGUUUACUAGUAUAUGUAUCUUGAUCCAGCUUUGUUAUA